AUGGCCCAAUUACCGAUCGAGGCUUUCCCAGCCUGGGCUUUGCUGAAUAACGUCGACUUUGCAAACGCAGAGAUACGAAACAUUGAAGGCAAAGGGUUCGGCCUCGUCACCAAGAAUGAUAUCACGAACGAGGGCCGUGAGGCUUCCGGCGCAGCACCAAUCCUCCGAAUACCCCGGGAUCUUGUUCUGUCUGCUGAGGCGGUAGAGGAGUAUGCCAAGGUCGAUCAGAACUUCAAGCAGCUGCUGGACGUGGCUGGACAUCGGAGCACCAGGGACGACAUCAUGCUAUAUCUGUUGACUCGUCUUGUUCAAUCAAAAGCAACAUCAUCAGGCACGAGGGCGUUUACCUCGACGCCAUGGACCGAGUACAUCAAGUUCCUGCCACGACCCAUCCCCGUUCCCACCAUGUGGACGAAUGACGAGAGAGAACUACUCAAGGGGACUUCUCUCGAGGCCGCCGUGAGUGCCAAGCUAUCUACGCUCUCAAGCGAAUUCGAUGAGCUGUGCGAACAGGCUUCAGCCCUACCAUUCUGGAACGCCCUUCUCAACGAAUCUGCAACGUUGGAGGACUGGACCCUCGCGGACGCCUGGUAUCGCUCGCGAUGCCUGGAGCUUCCCCGAUCCGGCCAUGCCAUGGUUCCCGGACUGGACAUGGCGAAUCACUCGCAGAGCCAUUCGGCAUACUACGAUGAAAGUUCUGACGGUGAUGUGGUAUUGCUUCCGAGACCAGGAUCAAAGAUACACGCAGAUGGAGAGAUUACCAUCUCAUAUGGAGAAGCCAAGUCGGCAGCUGAGAUGCUGUUCAGCUACGGCUUCAUCGAUACAGACUCACCUGUCAAAGAGCUAACAUUACACCUGGAUGCAUUGCCUGACGACCCUCUAGGAAGGGCCAAAUUUCACAUUUACAAAGGACCUCCCACUGUACGACUAUCUAUAACCGACAACAAUGUCCAUUGGUCCAGCCCGUUUCUGUAUCUGCUGAUCCUGAACGAGGAAGAUGGCCUUGCGUUCCGGGUACUACAAGACACAACAGGGGGCCGCCAGUUGAAGCUAUUCUGGCAAGAUGAGGACGUCACAGAGAGGACGGGCGAGUUCGAGACACUCGUGCAGAACCACCCUCUCCACCAGGUGUUUAAGCUUCGAGCAGUUGCCGUGCUGGAGGAGCGGGUUGCGAUGCAGCUGGACAGAAUCUCCUCCGGUCCCUCAUACGGGGCAAGGGAGCAAUCUCACGCGGCAGCAAACGAGCCUCGUGCGGAGUGCAGGCUAGCGGCUGAGACCUUGCGAGAUCUCGAAACCCAGGUCCUGCAGGGCGUGGCACACGCGCUAGAAAACGAGAAGGCGAGGCUGCUUCUGGAUGCAGACGUAGUGACAUAUCUCGGGUCGAUGGAAGAUGCCCAAAACGAGCAAGCGCCUGGCCCGGCGUCCAAUGACGACGACGAGUUCAGCUAG